AUGGAGUUCCUUUCUAUCCCCUGCUUGUUGUCCAUGCUGUAGAACAUCGAUGCUGAGAACAUUAUUUUCUGCGGACGAGUUCAUAAAGAGGUGGAACCGUACGGUGACGCGGUCGGCUUUCCGUUGAUACGUGGUUCGGUAUGGUUGGUGGCUUUUUGCGAGAGGGGGUCUUAGAUUCCCGUCGUUUUUAAUUCCGGCUUUUUCUACGACUCUCCAUGACAGGAAAGAAUAUCUCUUUAUUGUCUCUAGCUACUCCCUCCCUCCCUCCCUCCCUCCCUCUCUCUCUCUCUCUCUGUCUCUGCUCGCGCUUUCUUCGUCGAGACGCAGAAAAACCCGAAGCGCCGCGCGCGAGAAGCGACUGCGAGGAUGGCGGGCACGAGUGCGGUGAACCUGGAAGAUGUGCCGUCGGUCGAUCUCAUGAGCGAGCUCCUCCGUCGCAUGAAGUGCUCCGCUAAGCCCGACAAGCGCGUCAUCCUCAUCGGCCCUCCUGGAUCUGGAAAAGGUACCCAAUCACCGAUCAUCAAGGAUGAAUACUGCUUGUGCCACUUGGCUACUGGUGAUAUGUUAAGAGCUGCUGUUGCUGCAAAGACCGCUCUUGGUCUCAAGGCCAAAGAAGCUAUGGACAAGGGAGAACUCGUUUCUGAUGACUUGGUUGUUGGCAUUAUAGAUGAAGCAAUGAAAAAACCUUCAUGCCAAAAAGGUUUCAUUCUUGAUGGAUUUCCAAGAACCGUCAUGCAAGCACAGAAGCUUGAUAAGAUGCUAGAAAAGCAAGGUGCCAAAAUUGAUAAAGUUCUGAAUUUUGCAAUUGACGAUGAAAUCUUGGAGGAGAGGAUAACUGGUCGGUGGAUCCAUCCUUCCAGUGGCAGGACCUACCAUACAAAAUUUGCUCCUCCCAAGGUUCCGGGGGUUGACGAUGUUACCGGAGAACCUUUGAUUCAGCGCAAGGAUGAUACUGCAGCUGUUCUCAAAUCUCGACUUGAGGCAUUCCAUAAGCAAACUGAACCGGUGAUUGACUACUACUCCAAAAAGGGAAUAGUUGCAAAUCUUCAUGCUGAAAAACCUCCUAAGGAUGUGACGGCCGAGGUUGAGAAGGUUUUGUCUUCUUGAAGAUGGUGCUCCCACCUGAGAAUUCCAACAAUUAUGCUGAAUUUUACAGGAUGAACCUUUGAGUUGCUGGUUCCACUGUUGUGUAAUUGAAUGUGGCAGCUGUUGUCAAAUUGUUGAGGGAUUUUUCUUAUGAUCCCGAAAUAAAGUUCAGUACAGAAUUACUCGUCUUUGGUCGUUUCUUCUGUAAAUGCCAGAUUCGAUAAGCACCGAUGACAAUAAAGUAGGCCUUGAUUUACUUGAUUA